AUGAGCACCGGAGAAAAGGCCAAGACACCAAGCUACUCUGUGGCUGAGGCCAGUAAGAACAACACAGGAGGGGGGGAGGGGAUCGAGGUGCUGCGGAACGAACCAUACGAGAAGGAGGGGGAGAAGGGGCAGUACACCCACAAGAUCUACCACAUUCACAGCUUCGACUCUUCCUCCUGGUCCUCAGUUGUCACGAAUGAAUAUAUGAAAGAUGAUUUCUUUAUUAAAAUUGAGACCUGGCACAAACCUGACAUGGGAACACAAGAAAAUGUUCACGGUCUGCCCCAAGAGAGCUGGGAAGAAGUGGAGGUCAUUCCCAUUGAUAUCGCGGACCGGACACAAGUCAAUGAAUAUGAUUACAAAGCAGAUGAGGACCCCGCUCUGUUCCGCUCUGAGAAGACUGGCCGUGGGCCCCUGGGGCCAGAUUGGAAGAUCAAUCUGGGGUCUCACAGUGACUGUCCUCACAUGACUGCGUACAAACUGGUAACCGUGCACUUCCGCUGGUGGGGCCUGCAAGGCAGGGUGGAGAAAUUCAUACACAAGCAGGAGAAGCGCUUGUUCACUAAUUUUCACCGGCAGCUGUUCUGCUGGUUGGAUCGCUGGGUGGAUUUCUCCAUGGAGGAUAUCCGGCGCAUGGAGGAGGAGACGCAGAAAGAGCUGGACAAGAUGAGGAACGAGGGAUCUGUCAGAGGGAUGUGUGCAGGGGAGGACUAACACUGAGGAGUCCUCUCUCAGUACAUGGCUCAGAAUAAUGGUGGGGCGUGGGGAGCUAUGAUUGGCUCAAUCUGCCUGAAUCUCCGCCCCCUCCCCCCCCCUGCAUCCAGUCAAAACACACCAUCAUCACACAUACCCUGACGAGCAGCCAACACAGAACGAGGGAGGAGGAGGAGGAGGAGGGGGGGGUGACUGAACAAACGAAGGAAAAAAAAGAAACAUGAAGAAGAAACGGAGAGAAAGAGGAGAGGAGACUUAUCAAUAAUGCCAUCAUUUAAAAGAAAAACCCAAUUCUAAGGAAGUCAAGACUUCUUUAAAAUCCAUUCUCUCUCCUCUUAUUAUCUUUAUUAACAGAAUCACUGGCCCAUCCCUUUACAGGAGCGCUGACCAUCUUUAAAAUCCAUUCUCUCACCUCUUAUUAGCUUUAUUAACAUGAUCACUGGCCCCUCCCUUUACAGGAGCGCUGACCAUCUUUAAAAUCCAUUCUCUCUCCUCUUAUUAUCUUUAUUAACAGAAUCACUGGCCCAUCCCUUUACAGGAGCGCUGACCAUCUUUAAAAUCCAUUCUCUCACCUCUUAUUAGCUUUAUUAACAUGAUCACUGGCCCCUCCCUUUACAGGAGCGCUGACCAUCUUUAAAAUCCAUUCUCUCCCCUCUUAAUAAUUUGGUAGUUAAUGAAGCUAAUAAGAGAAUGGAUUCUCCCUCUACCUCUCCCUUUCCCUCUCCCUGUGUUAAUCCAAUACAAGAUUAUGUGUACCCUGCCAAACUGUAUCUUUGUUUUGUUGGUUUAGAUUUUUUUUAAAAACACGUUUGUAUUGAAUUUUAUCUUAAUGUGUCUUUG